GCCACUAUAUAACCGCGCGAAACACCCCCUAGCUCUCAUUUGCUUUCAAAAACCAUCAAGGGGUAACACGGAAGUAAGAGCUCGACUAGUACAGUAGACCGUUACAGUGAUUUCACGAAGCUACUUUAAAAUACCGCACUUGAUUGUCGAAGUGUUUUGUUGAGGGCAGAUCUAAGGCAUCAACCAUGAACUCAGGCGCCAUUUACAACACCCUAUUCAUUCUCCUCGUCAGCUACGCUUUCUUCCUAGCGACUGCGAGCGCCGUGCCACUGGAAUCCGAGGACGAGCAGUCUGAGAACGCUCUAGUAAGUCGACCGGAAGCGGUGGAUGUGGCCGACAUGUCCACGCCCUGGGACCCCAUCACCGCGGCUGCACUGCGCAAACUGCUAAUGCAACUCGACGCUGAAGAAAGACUAGCUCGGGUGGGACGUUCCUGGCCUCAAAAUGAAAGCCGGGGCUGGGGACUGCGCGCUGUGGACGGGCGACUGGCGAGGCAAUGGCGCGCCGACAAGAGGCAGGUCCGCUUCCGCCAGUGCUACUUCAAUCCAAUCUCCUGCUUCCGCAAGUAAACACCGCAAGCUACCCUUCGCCCGCCACUGAUUGACUAUCGCUAUUCAUUGUUGUAAUUACGAUAUAAAUAUAGAAAUUGUUCAUAGAAUCGAAAUAUUUUCCUCAAA